ACGGCACAGCCAGCCCGCACAAAAAGUAGCCGUUGCCUUUUCCCCCAAAUCUCUCGACCCAUAAGCAAGCACCCUUAUUACGCGCUCCCGGUUUCAAACCACCACGGAAAAGGAAACGAACCACCCCCGAAAAGGCCCGCCCCCCGUUCCAAAUCCACCGCCGCAGAGGAAGGAAGGAUCCGGAAAAGAUCUUUCGGGGCGCGGAGACAGAGGAGGGAGCGCGUGCGGGGAGAGAGCAAAAGGGGAAUGGUCGAGAUCGCCGCGGGCUUCAUGGAUAAGGUCGAGGAGCAGGCGGUGGCCGCGGCGGCGGCGGAGGAUGACGACGAGGAUGUCGCCGGGAGCGUCAACGGCGACGAGGUGGAGAUGGAGCCCGUGGAGCCCAUGCCGGAGCCCCCCGACGACGCCGGGCCCGUCUGCUGGCCCAUGCCGGACUUCUGCCCUCUCACGCUCGACGGGGCGGUGAAGGAGUCCUUCCUUGAGACCCUUCGGAAGGAGAAGGACGCGGAGGAGCUGCUCGGGGAGGCCGAGCCGGGGCCGACGCCCAGCCCGGACUCGCGGCCGUCGAGCAGCAAGCGCCAGCGCGCCGUCGCCGGGUCGCCGUCGUCCAGGAGCCCGUGCCCGUACAGCAAUCUGCUCCAGGUGUUCCAGCAGUGCAAGCAAGACGUUGCCUGAGGCCGGGAGGAGCGCAACCACAGUACAGGCCGUGAUGUCUCGGCUGCAGUUUUCCUUUCCUUGCGUACGUACAAUAAUAGUAUAUCGAUCUGUUCUUUACGACUUUGCUCUGGUGUAAGCCCCAGGAGAUAGCAGUUUUUGUUCUUGUGUACAAAUGGGAUACGAACCUCACAAAUACAGAACGCUAUUAUCAUCGA